UGACUAUUGGAAAAUCAGUUGUAAAAGACCAGUCAAUGCGUACAGAUCGCAACCAUUAAAUACAAUUUACAAAAAUAUAACUUAAUACAAACAACCGCGUCAUGACAAGUUGAAAAACUGAAAAGAAAACAGAAACAAAAAACAGCUGAGCAGAACGAAACGCGCGUGUGCAAAAUAGAGAACAAAAUACAUGCGUAUGUAUAUAUAAAUAUAUACACACACAAACAACAUUUACAACGGAAAAUUUUGAGAAGCGAAUAGCGUGUGAAAGACGCAGAAUCGUAACGUAAGCGCAACCACGCAACAGUCUUUACGUAAUUAACAGAAUCAACGUGAUAUCCAUACGAAAAAUGAGCAGCUCAGUGUUAAGCAUGGUUCGUCCAAGUGCUGCCACGAACGGCUGUGCAGGCCCCACAGCAACAGCAACGGCCACUCUGCUCGCCCAGCAACUAAAUGCGGCGCUGGCUAGCGGUAAAAGUACUGUAGCCGCUACGCAGCCAAAACAGCCGCUGCAGGCAGCCAAGAUAAUAAAGCAAUCGGACAUCGUUUGUUUCGACGUCGACUCAACUGUCAUCUGUGAGGAGGGCAUCGAUGAGCUGGCCGAAUUUUGCGGCAAGGGCAGCGAAGUGGCCCGCGUAACCAAAGAAGCCAUGGGCGGCAGCAUGACCUUCCAGGAUGCGCUCAAGAUUCGCCUGAACAUCAUUCGCCCGACACAACAGCAGGUAGCCGAGUUCAUCAAGCAGCGGCCCAGUACGCUCAGCCGGAAUGUGAAGCGAUUUGUGGCUCAGCUGAAGGCGGACGGCAAGCAGGUGUAUCUCAUAUCUGGCGGCUUUGAUUGCCUCAUCGCCCCUGUGGCCGCAGAGCUGGGCAUUCCACUGAGCAACAUGUUCGCCAAUAAAAUGUUAUUCGACUACAAGGGCGCCUACGACAGCUUCGAUGUCACCCAGCCCACAUCUCACUCUGGCGGCAAGGCGGAGGCAAUUAGCAUGAUUCGUAAGCAGCAGCCGGCAGACACACUAAUCACAAUGAUUGGAGAUGGUGCCACCGAUUUGGAAGCUGUCCCACCGGCAAACAAUUUCAUCGGCUACGGCGGCAACGUGGUGCGAGCGGAGGUCUACAGGCGCGCCCAGUAUUAUAUAACAGACUUCGAGCAGCUGAUGUGAAGGCGGAGGUGGAGGAGGUCAACCACAGCGAAUUUAGUAUUGCAAAUCGGCGUGUUAUAGUUUCUAGAGCAAAUAAAUUAAGUAUAUAAGCCUACAUAUAAAUAAAUAAAAAUAUAUAUACAGACAUACAUUUAAAUACAUUGAUAAUGUGUACAUGCGAGUGCAUAAGUUUAUAGCCACUUGGAAAACAAUAAAAACGGUAGUUAAAUGUAGAGUAACAAUA